AUGCACAACUCCGCGUUCGCGCGAUGGGUCGCCUCCCCAACGGGCCCGAAGACGACGCACUUCUGGGGCCCGGUCGCAAACUGGGGUUUUGUCCUCGCGGGUUUAAAUGACACGACGAAGUCACCCGAGCUCGUGUCCGCGCCCAUGACUGGCGCGCUCGUCGUGUACAGCGGUCUAUUCAUGCGAUUCGCGUGGCGCGUGCAGCCUCGGAACGCGAUCUUGUUCGCGUGCCACGCAUGCAACGCGAGCGUGCAGGGCUACAACUUACAACGUUGGGCACGC